CCUCUGUUUUCUCUCCCUUUUCCUUUCUUGAUCCUCUUCUACUUCCGGUUGCUUAGUUGGUUACUGUCCUUCUCGGCGGCAUCACUCGGCUCCCUCCCGUCCGUCUCCUUUCGCCCACUUCUCCCUCCUCUCCUCCCAUACCCGCUUCCUCGACUCAUGGUGGGUCACACGCCAACUCGUCCACCUCCAUGCUCUCCUCACAGUCAAUUCGAAGGCCUGCCGUUCUCGUCUUCGUCGCCGUCGCCGUCCUGCUAUGCCUGAUCAAGUUGUCGUUCUCGCUGGAUCGCCAGCCGUGGAGAUCUGCUCCCACGAUAGGCCUGCAGCAGGAGCACUAUGGGAACAGCAACAGUCAUGGGCAGCAGGGCCAACAAGGGCAAGUAGAGACCCUUGUUAAGCCUAAGAAUUACAAUAUCACAGGCAUGGUUUUUUUUGGGCGGCGGGAUCGAGCGGCAUCGAUGAAUUGCUAUGUUGAGCGGAAUCUGGUAGACAAUGGCGGAUGGCUAGAUGAAGUGCUUUGGUUCGCCAAUACGAAUAAUAAAGAAGAUCUCAAAUUUCUCGAUGAGAUCAUUGCCAGGUCCCCCCGCUAUAAGAAAAUUCCGAUAAAAAAGCCCGUCGGAUGGCCAGACUAUACCAAACUCUGGAGAGGGGUGCAGAGGGGUACGAUUUAUGUCAAACUUGACGAUGAUAUUGUUUGGCUCGCGGACGAUGCGAUUCCACAUAUGGUCACGACCAAAAUAAAAUACCCGGACAGCUUUGCUGUCUCCGCGAACGUCAUCAACGGCCCGCCCUUGUCUUUCCUUCACUUCCACCUCGGUGCUCUGCACCCAUACUUCCCUGAACUCGAGGCAGAUCCCACUUACACCAACCACAGUAGUUCGGAAAACUGGCGUCCCUCCAGCCACCCCUUCUGGUCCGGCCCGAGCACGUUCAGAUGGCCGCAGGACAGAGACCCCCCGGAGGGCGGCAAACAUCGCUGGCUCCGUGUCAACGACGACAGGGCGCUCCACCGCACCCCCGUCGCGAACCUGACGUACGACUUCUGGGGUCCUACGUAUGAGAGCUGGGCGAUUGCGGCGCAGCAGCAUUAUUCACUGUUGGAAAACCUGGAGCGGAAUACCACAGACCUAUAUAAAUUCCAACCGCCCUGGAAUAUGCAGGGCGAGCGGAUUCGGAUCAAUUGCCUCGCGAUUCUGGGAGACGAUAUUCUGGAUACUGAUGUGGAGCAUUGGCCCAAUAAUAGAGGGGAUGAAGAUAUGAUUGUUUUGGAUUUGCCGAAGAAGUUGCAGAGACAUGUUCUUAUCGAAGGCAAAGCACUCGCCGCACACUUUAAUUUCAUGCAUCAACACAAAAUCACAGCCACGGAUUUACUCUCUAGGUAUAACUUGUACGCGAACGAAUUCAUAUGUAGGCACGGCAGCCAAUCGAAACACCAGAACGAUGGGCCGAAGCAGCAAUAACUACGCGGGACGGUAACAUCUCAUACCUCCUCGUUUACACAUAUUCUAUUUUUCACCUUUCUUAUUCACGUCUCCCCCCUUUUCGCGAACGACCAUUAUUAUUAUUAUUAUAUUAUUAUUAUUUAUAUUGUUAUUGUUAUUAUUAGAUUAUUUUUCAUCUUGGCAUCUUAUCUAUCCCCUUUUUGGAGCAUACUAUUUGUUGUAUUGUUUAUUAUUUAUUGGAUGUGUAUAGACGGCUCUUUGGGCAAUUCCAUCUCAUGGUUCGAACAAAAGACCACUCGAACUGCCAC